CUACUUUUGGAGAUUUUCAUGUGGCCCAAAUGCAUGAAAUUUCAGGGAAAUGUGAAUUGAAAGUGGUCCCCAGAGAAAGAGGAGUAAGAGGAAUAUUUCAUCGUCCUAAGAGAAUGUUCUCAUUUGAAUACUGUGCUUGUCCUGGGUUUCUAUAGUUUUUGGUUUCUUUGGGGUGUGAGGAUGGUAACCUAAACACCACAGAGAUGCAUACAUGCCCAACUUCUAAAUAAAACUGGGAACUGCCUACUCAAAGCCUUGUUUCCUCCUGGGACUGAAGUUACUCCCUUCCAGUUUCCGAAGUCGAUUUUUUUUUUCUCAUUUAAAAAGAGCCCUUUCGAUCUGUGAGAAAACUGGAACGGAAAUUUGUCAAUGCUUGCCGUGGUUGUUAUGGAUGCAAUGAAAAAGCCUUUGGAGACGCAGAUAAGACUUUGAGAUAUUACUUGAAAAUACUCCCUUUAGAUGGCCAUCUGUCUUGAAAGAAAGGAUUAGGAUUUUCUUCCUGUUUUGGAUAAACUAAACACUCAGGAAGGACGCUGGGUGGCGCUGCAGCAUUAUAAGUAGAACGAAGAGAGCUACCAGCUGGCGCUCCUUGAGCCAAAUGCUCCGCUGAGGAAACAAGCAGGAAGGGGAGGCAUUCUAAGGUGGUUGCUCCGGGAAAUCAGGGCCCUAGGCGUCUCCAUUUCUCCCACCAUCUAGGAGAUACUGGGAGAUAAGAGCGACAACUCGAGCCGAAGCUGGGUCAAGUUUGCUGGGAGACCGGAAGGCGAUGGAGGCCGGAGAGGGAAAAGAACGCUUUCUAAAACAAAGGCAAGUCUUGAUAUUCUUUGUUUUGCUGGGCAUAGCUCAGGUUGCUUCCAAGCCUAAGCAGUACUCAGUGGCUGAGGAAAUGGAGAGUGGCUCCUUUGUGGCCAAUUUGUUAAAAGACCUGGGGCUGGAGGUAAAUGACCUAGCUGCGCGUGGGGCUCGGGUCGUUUCCAAAGGGAAAAAAACGCGUUUGCAGUUUGAUAGGCAGACAGGGAAUUUGUUGUUAAACGAGAAACUGGACCGGGAGGAGCUGUGCGGCCUUGCCGAGCCCUGUGUGCUACCUUUCCAGGUAUUAUUGGAAAAUCCCUUGCAGUUUUUUCAGGCCGAGCUAUGGAUAAGAGAUAUAAAUGAUCAUUCCCCGGUUUUCCUAGACAAAGAAAUACUUUUGAAAAUUUCAGAAAGUAUCACUCCCGGAACUACUUUCCUAAUAGAACGUGCCCAGGACUUAGAUGUGGGAAGCAACAGUCUCCAAAGUUACACGGUCAGUCCCAAUUCCCACUUCCAUCUUAAAUUACAAGACAGUUCCGACGGCAUAUUACCACAGCUGGUGCUGGACAAAGCGCUGGAUCGAGAGGAACAGGCUGAGAUCAGGUUAACUCUCACUGCGCUGGACGGCGGGACUCCACCCAGGUCUGGCACUGCCCUGGUCCGCAUUGAAGUUUUAGACAUCAAUGAUAACGCGCCCGAGUUUGCAAAGCUGCUCUAUGAGGUGCAAGUUCUGGAAAACAGUCCCAUUGGAUUCCAGGUUGCGGUAGUCUCUGCUAGAGAUUUGGACAUUGGAACCUAUGGAGAAAUAUCUUAUGUAUUUUCCCAAGCCUCUGAAGAUAUUCGCAAAACUUUUCAAAUAAAUGCAAAGUCAGGAGAACUCAUUUUAACACAGAGACUGGAUUUCGAAUCCAUUCAGAGUUAUACAUUAAAUAUUCAGGCGACAGAUGGUGGAGGCCUAUCUGGAAGUUGCAUGGUGUUUGUCCAAGUGAUGGAUUUGAAUGACAACCCUCCGGAACUGACUAUGUCAACACUUAUCGAUCACAUCCCAGAAAACUUGCAGGAGACCAUAAUUGCUGUACUCAGUGUUUCAGAUCCUGACUCGGGAGACAAUGGAAGAAUGGUUUGCUCCAUUGAAGAUGAUCUUCCUUUCUUCCUUAAACCUUCUGUUGAGAAUUUUUACACCCUACUGACAAACACACCUCUGGACCGAGAGACCAAAUCCGAGUACAACAUCACCAUCACCGUCACCGACUUGGGGACCCCCAGGCUGAAAACGCAGCACAACAUCACCGUGACGGUCUCCGACGUCAACGACAACGCCCCCGCCUUCAGCCAAACCACCUACACCCUGCGCGUCCGCGAGAACAACAGCCCCGCCCUGCACAUCGGCAGCGUGAGCGCCACGGACAGGGACUCGGGCGCCAACGCGCAGGUCACCUACUCGCUGCUGCCGCCCGCGGACCCGCAGCUGCCCCUGGCCUCCCUGGUGUCCAUCAACGCGGACAACGGGCAGCUGUUCGCGCUCAGGUCCCUGGAUUACGAGGCGCUGCGGGCGUUCGAGUUCGGCGUGCGCGCGGCCGACCGCGGCUCGCCCGCGCUCAGCAGCCAGGCGCGGGUGCGCGUGCUGGUGCUGGACGACAACGACAACGCGCCCUUCGUGCUGUACCCGCCGCAGAACGGCUCUGCGCCCUGCACCGAGCUGGUGCCCAGGGCGGCCGAGGCGGGCUACCUGGUGACCAAGGUGGUGGCGGUGGACGGCGACUCGGGCCAGAACGCCUGGCUGUCGUACCAGCUGCUCAAGGCCACGGAGCCCGGGCUGUUCGGCGUGUGGGCGCACAACGGCGAGGUGCGCACGGCCCGGCUGCUGAGCGAGCGCGACGCCGUCAAGCACAGGCUGGUGGUGCUGGUCAAGGACAAUGGCGAGCCGCCGCGCUCGGCCAGCGUCACGCUGCACGUGCUGCUGGUGGACGGCUUCUCGCAGCCCUACCUGCCGCUCCCGGAGGUGGCGGCGGCCGAGGCGCGGGCCGACCCGCUCACCGUCUACUUGGUCGUCGCCUUGGCGUCCGUGUCGUCGCUCUUCCUGUUCUCGGUGCUGGUGUUCGUGGCGGUGCGGCUGUGCAGGCGGAGCCGGGCGGCGUCUGCGGGUCGCUGCUCGGGGCCCGAGGGCCACUUUCCGGGCCACCUGGUGGACGUCAGCGGCGCGGGGACGCUGUCCCAGAGCUACCAGUACGAGGUGUGUCUGACGGGAGGAUCUGGGACCAACGAAUUUAAGUUCCUCAAGCCGAUUCUCCCCAAUUUCCUUGGUCUCGGUGAGGAGAGGGUUCAUGAAGCAAACCCCAGUUUCAGGAAUAGCUUUAAAUUCAGUUAAGUAUUAAUUACUAAGGGUCUACUGAACCUCGUCUCCGUUAAUUUGUGUAAAGUCUUUUUGUACUGCCUUGCCCACUUGGGUUCUUUUUAUUUGGUGUGUAGCUAUCCUAUUCCAAUUCAGUGCAUGUUACUGGUGUUUUUUUUUUUUUUUUUAAUUUUUUUUCAACGUUUAUUUAUUUUUGGGACAGAGAGAGACAGAGCAUGAACGGGGGAGGGGCAGAGAGAGAGGGAGACACAGAAUCGGAAACAGGCUCCAGGCUCUGAGCCAUCAGCCCAGAGCCCGACGCGGGGCUCGAACUCACGGACCGCGAGAUCGUGACCUGGCUGAAGUCGGACGCUUAACCGACUGCGCCACCCAGGCGCCCCGUUACUGGUGUUUCUAAAUGCCUUCGUUUGUGGUGUAAGGAAUGCAGAUUUCUUUUUCUUUUUGUUGAUUAGUCUCACUGUAACUUAAUUCAACUUAAAGUGUGAAAGUAAACUUUGUAUUUUCUGAAGUCUUUAAUUUUUAAGUUAGAGCAUCUUUUUCCAAAUUCACCUUCCACAGUUCCUAGGUUACUUUGCAGAACUUAAAAUUUAAAACGUUUUUUAAAUGUUUGCAAUCACUACAUAAGCUUAUUCUUUUUCCAGAAUAUUUGUGUUUUGUAUAUUCUCUUAAAGUAGUAUAACUUUAAUUCUCUUCACUCACAUUGGCUAAAACUUUUAACAUAUGUAUGUUCAUGAACACUAAAGCAAUGUCUCACAUUUUUCUAAAUAUGUAUUUCCUUAAAGUAUCCUUAAAUGGAAGUUAUGAUUCCUUUGAGAUUGUGACAACCUUGACUGUUGGAUUCUACAAACCAUUCAUAUUAAAAUGCUCAAUAAAUCAACCACUAAUAUUCUCAAAUGUAGUUAAAUAAGUAGCAUAUGUCCAGUCGUUUUCAAAGCCAUGUAAUUCUUAAUGCUUUCUAUUAAAAUUUUUUUCUUUAAACUUUUCACAUCAAUUCCCCCUUUAAAAUAUUAGGUUUAGCAAUUACAAACAUCUAUUAACUUUGAGCAAGUCCUUAAAAUCCAAAAGAUAUGAGGAAAUAAACAUGUCUUUGUCCUUCACCAAAUUUUAGAAACUUCAAAUGUAGUUUGGCAUUGCAUGUUCCAAAAAUUUUGGAUUGUUUAUAAUUUUUUGGGGAAUAAGCCUGUGAGGAAAAGAUUUAUCUUGGUCUGGCCAUUAUUUUGUUUUCUUCUUUUUUUUUUUUUUUUUUUUGCACCACUAUUUUUCCCUGUUCAGUUUUCUAGGGUUUUCAAAGCUCUUUUCUUUUUUUAAGUUUAUUUAUUUUGAGAGAGAGAGAGAGAAUGCAUGUGUGAUGGGGGGAGGGGCAGAAAGAGAGGAGAGAGAAUUCCAAGCAGGCUAUCAGAUAAAAGCCGGUUCUGGGGCUUGAACCCACUAACUGUGAGAUGACAACCUGAGCUGAAAUCAAGAGUUGGAAGCUUAACCAACUGAGCCACCCAGGUGCCCCAAAGCUUUUUUCUUUUUAUGUGCUUGAAUAUGUGUCUCACUAGCUGCCCUUUUAUUGCAUGACUAGUGUAGUAACUGGAAGAUUAUAGGUUCUUAACAAAAUUUUUAAAUGAUUGAAAGGAAAAAGUGUCUUUUCUUCACCUGUGAUAUUUUGAUAUUUAAAGACACUAAGAUACUCAUAGGACAAAAUUUUGCUGGCAUUAAAUGCUCUCUGAUGUUUAAGGAAUUACAUAUAUAAUUUUUGUUUACUAAUUGAACCGAUGAUCACUGUUGUUCAAACAAUAUGCAGUUUCAGUCCCCUGUCUCUCUCCUUCAACAUAUUUUUGCUUGUCCCUUUCUGCUUAAUUGGAGUCUUCUCUCCUGCCUUCUAACUUAAGGAAUACAUAUGGAGAAACUGUUUUUUUUAUUUUAUAAUUUAAAUUUCAGUGUAUAAUUCCCUAAUUCAUCCAACUUUAUUUAUUUGUUGUAGUUCAAUUUCUGAUCCAUACAUUAAAACACAUUUUUAAUUCUUAAUGUUCUUCAAUCUGUCUUUAAAUUAUUGUAUAUUAUGUUUAUUUGAAUGAGCUAUACUAUUAAAAUUAUAAUAUGAAUUUUAAAGGUGUCCUAUUGAGAUUAGCAAUGUAGAGCACUAUCUUACUUUCAAAAUUCUCUGAUUACCCAACUUGUUACCUGUAGAAUCUUGGACACGUCACAUAAUUUCUGUCCUGUCAAAAGGAUAACAGCUAUUUCUGUAACUUGAAAUCAUGACUAAGGUAAUACAAAGAUAUAGAAGUGCAAUCGCUGUUAUUUUUAGCGUUACUAAUAUUAAGAGUAAACCUAAUAGAGGAUCCUUCAUGUAGCAUUCCUAAUUAUUGUGAAGAUGCUAGAUUGAACACGUGAUAUUUGCAUUGUUUCAUUUCUCUGCUUAAAACCUUGCAAUAUCUUUGUUUUAUUCUUAGAAUAAAAUCCAUUAUUUGCCCUCA